GCUGGAUAAUUCUUUGUUGAGGGGACCGUCCUGUGCAUUGUAGGAUUUUAGCAGUAUCCCUGGCCACUACUCACUAGAUGUUGAUAGCACAUCCUUCCUUACUCCCAGUCGUGAAAUAAAAAAAUGUCUUCAAACCUUACCAAACGUGCCCUGGGAGGCAAAAUCCCUCCUGAUUGAGAAUCACUGGGUAAAGGGAAGGCUGAUAGGCCUCCGUUCCCAUAAGGUACAAGAACCGUGCUCUCGAGUUCCACUCAGGAAUACUCCAGCUGCGGAAGCCUUAGGGAGGCGGGUCUUAUGCAGAUAAGCGGCAGAUUUGGAUGGGAGGCGGGCGGCUCUAUGCAGAUGAGAGGGCGGUGCUUGCAUGUUGAUAACUUGGGCACUCUGCCGACGCAGCUGGGAGCCUAGCGGGUCCCGCAGCGGUUCGGACUGAGGUGGCAUCCCUCUCCCGCCCCACUUGUCCCUGGAUUCCUACGCUCGGAGGACUGUCCUUGACCUUUAUCCUCAUCCAUUUUCCCUCCCUACUCCCUACUCCAGUGCCCCGGGUAACUGAUUAUCUCCACUCCUGGCGUCCCCAGCGUUUCUCCCCUACUGCCGCAAACCUUGUGACCUCUAGCAGCCCGCCCCCGCGGCCCGAUCUUGCCUGGCAGAUCCUGUUGCAGCCUUCCCAGUCUUCGCGCUCUCCCGGGGCUCGCCUCACUACGCCGCCGGUUGUCCGCCCUCGGGCUUCCCUGCUCCCUCCUUCUACCCCAUUGGAGCCCCUUCCCCCGCCUUUGCUAGCCGGCAUGCAGGUGUCUAUCGCGUGUACCGAGCAGAAUCUUCGCAGCCGGAGCAGUGAGGACCGUCUGUGUGGACUACGGCCCGGCCCCGGGGGCGGUAAUGGCGGGCCAGUCGGCGUGGGGCAUGGGAAUCCUCCCGGGGGUGGAGGGUCCGGCCCUAAAGCCCGAGCUGCACUGGUUCCCCGACCCCCCGCGUCUGCUGGGGCCCUCCGAGAGAGCACUGGCCGAGGCACUGGCAUGAAAUACAGGAACCUAGGAAAGUCUGGUCUCCGGGUAUCCUGUCUUGGCCUGGGUACCUGGGUCACAUUUGGUUCUCAGAUCUCAGAUGAGACAGCAGAGGAUGUGCUGACAGUAGCCUAUGAGCAUGGUGUAAACCUGUUUGACACCACUGAAGUCCAUGCAGCAGGAAAGGCUGAAAGAACCCUAGGCAACAUACUCAAGAGCAAAGGUUGGAGGAGAUCCAGCUAUGUGAUCACCACCAAGAUUUUUUUGGGAGGACAGGCAGAAACUGAGCGAGGCUUGAGCCGCAAACACAUCAUUGAGGGCUUGCAAGGAUCCCUGGACCGCCUCCAGCUGGGAUAUGUAGACAUUGUCUUUGCCAAUCGCUCAGAUCCCAACAGUCCUAUGGAGGAAAUUGUGCGAGCCAUGACCUACGUCAUCAACCAGGGCCUGUCCCUAUACUGGGGGACAUCCCGAUGGGGGGCUGCAGAAAUCAUGGAAGCCUACUCCAUGGCCAGACAGUUCAACCUGAUUCCUCCCGUGUGUGAGCAAGCUGAACACCACCUGUUUCAGAGGGAGAAAGUGGAGAUGCAACUGCCAGAACUCUACCACAAGAUUGGUGUUGGCUCAGUCACCUGGUCCCCGCUGGCCUGUGGCCUCAUUACUAGCAAGUAUGAUGGACGAAUCCCAGAUACCUGCAGAGGUGCUAUCAAGGGCUACCAGUGGCUCAAAGAUAAAGUGCAGAAUGAGGAUGGCAAGAAGCAACAAGCCAAAGUCAUGGACCUUCUCCCCAUGGCUCACCAGCUGGGGUGCACUGUGGCUCAGCUUGCUAUCGCAUGGUGUCUCCGCAAUGAGAGUGUCAGCUCGGUCUUGCUGGGGGUGUGCAGUGCAGAGCAGCUGAUAGAACACCUGGGCGCUCUACAGGUGCUGAGCCAGCUGACCCCGCAGACGGUGACGGAGAUAGACAGGCUCCUGGGUAACAAGUCGCAUUCCAAUAAAUAGUCUGUCGAGGACGCAGGGACACAACCCGGAGCCGCUGCACCUUCCCGAAAACUGCUUCCUGGUAACCACCUCUCUCCCUCCUCUGGAUCUCUUCCCGCAGCGGCUAGAACCAGGAUAGCCCCUCCCACCAACGAGCCCCGGCUUCGAGUAGCGAUUCGCAUGAGCAAAGCCAUAUCCUUCCGCAGUAGGGCUUGAGAGAGAAAGUAGUUCGCCCUGCUGUGUCCUUUUAGGCAUUGCAAAUCCUGGGCAUGAGCUACUGGUCAUCCGCUCUCUGCCACUUGGUCUUGCUCCCUUCUCUCUUCCCCCUUUUGCUGAGGCCCGGGGGUGGGGCUGGGAUGGGGAAUGGCUGAUGCUGGAAACAUGCAGAGUACCUCAAAAGGGGCCCCUGAAAUGUCAUCAAGGGACAAUGAUUUAGUGAGUUGUGAUGUCAUCUGGGAUAGGAAAUGGGGCCUUUGCAUUCAUUAUUCGGUACAAAGAAAGCCAGGCUGGUUUUGGCAGGAAGUAAAUGAUAACCUUUGGCAAACCGGGACUCUGCCUCCCAGCCCAGAGAUGGAGGGUUGUAAGGGAGGGGACUACAGUGAUACAAAGCGCUGGCAAAGGUAGAGGGAAAUUCGAUAGCAGAUGUAUAGCGUGGUCUGGCAAAAGUGGUCAGGGAAAACAAAAUUGGGCCGCACUUCGCAGGAAAUUAGGGUUGUGGGCAGAGACAUGGGGCUAACAUAAAAAGGGCUGGGGAUAGACUUUUGAGCCUUGAGCAGGACUUCUUCCUUGCAGUGGAGGCUGGUGGUUUCCCUCUCGCAAUAACCCUAAAGCAAUAAUGAUGACCUCUCCUCUGUAAGACUUCCCAGAGAACUGUAAAUAAAAUCUCAGUUUGAUCCUCACAGUGUCUGAAAUUGCAUGGGGUUAGGAGGUUAGGGACAGUCUUAGGUGUCUGGCCCUUUUGCCUCCUGCCAUUAGAAAGCUUCCAGUACUACCUUUCUCUCCAUUGCUCAUUCGCCUUGGUGACCCAGGCAUCAGGCCCCUACUCACUGCUCUCAUCAAAAAUCUAGGUACUACGUACCUCAGACCCCAAAGUUCUUCCUUCUUUCAGUCACCACAUUGUUUAUAUCCCAGAGAUCUGGCUUCAUAAUUUGGUUCCUACUCUUUCUAUAUAAGACUCACCUGUCUGAUACUCUUGGUCUUGUAUUUUAUUUUUAAAGUUAUAUUAGC